AUGGUUUAUUUAGGAUUACUGUCGCUUUUAAGAAAGCUACGGUCGGCACCGGAGAAAGAACUGCGGAUUCUGCUGCUUGGACUGGAUAAUGCUGGCAAAACGACGCUCCUGAAGCAGCUGGCUUCGGAGGAGGUGACACAGGUGACGCCCACAGCCGGUUUCAACAUCAAAUCCGUCGCCUCCGAUGGCUUCAAGCUAAACGUGUGGGACAUUGGCGGACAGAGUAAAAUUCGACCGUACUGGAAGAACUACUUCGAAAACACCGACGUGCUGAUCUACGUAAUAGAUUCGAGCGACCGGAAACGACUGGAGGAGACCGGAGACGAGCUGACCGAGUUGCUGCUGGAUGACAAACUGAAAGCCGUACCGUUGCUGGUGUUUGCCAACAAGCAGGACAUUGUGGGCGCCCUGAAGGCUUCCGAAAUUGCGGAGUGCUUGAAACUGGUCCAACUGUCGGACCGUACCUGGCAGAUACAGGGCUGCAGUGCCAUACAAGGAACCGGCAUUAAGGAGGGAAUGGAUUGGGUUUGCAAGAGCAUCAAAAAGUGAGUGGGAAGUUUCUAGAGCCCACCGACAACCUUCCUGCGCAUCGAUAACGUUUUCCGUCCCACAGAUCUCGCCUAGCCUUAGCACCGCGGUGUAACGUGCCCGAAAGU